CUGGGUGAAAUAUUAGCAAACAGAUAUGGUCUCCAAGUGGCUCUACAUCUCGUUUCUGCUGCUUGCGGGGCUUGCAACCUCGCGGGGCACUUUAUUGCGCUCCGAGUCGCCACAACGGCAGUUGAGCUGGUGGCACAAACAGUACUACCAGUCGCUAUGGCAACAGAGGCUGCGGUUCACAACCACUCCCCGGCCAGGAGCCACUCCGGAAUCGGAUGAGACCAGGUUGGUGUAUCCCUGCUACUGCUACAAGCCAAAUCCCGAGGGCCUGGCCACCGCCAGUCCGGUGGAGCGGCGGAUGGUCGAGACCAAGGAAAUAUUCUUCUUGAACAAAUAGCACAGCUCGCAGUGCGGUAAUGAAGUGCACAACGAACCAUGUACAGUUGAAAUAAACCAGGUAAAGUGUUCAUUUAGAAAAGUAAAUAAACUCGUUUGGGUUUUCCAGUAAA